CACUAUGACUAUCGUCAAUUGUGAGACGGAUAACGAUUUAUCAUCUAGUAUUCGGCAAACGAUCUAUGCUUCAAGACAGGAGCGGGGCCGGAAAGUCUAGCAAGUACAUGAAGGUACUAAAGGCGAGAACAAGAAUGGAAACCGCUACACACGCACCCAUCAAAAAGUUUCUUCCGUUUGAUAGGGCACUCACAAACUGUGAGACUAGGUUCACUUGUUCGUUCAUUCACUCGUCUCAGAUUGAGCCCUGGCUGUGCUUAAAAUAUGACCGAAGCACCUUGGAUCAGAUCAUGAAAUACCGACUAGUGGUUCUAGUGCUCACCUUAUUUAUUUGUGAUAUUUUCAACUUUGGAAAAGUUGUGGCUGUGAAAUGUUUCUUCUGUUCCGUGCGUCCCCCCUCCAAGAGAAGUGGCCAACCUGAACGCUUGUGCUCCCAUUUUGACGAAGGUCCAAACUUUGAGAUCGAUUGCCCUCUCUCCACAUUGUGCCAAACGCGAACAUUUACGCUUCAAACCCACUCAGGAUCCAUUUCUAUCACCACUCGCGGUUGCGCUCAACAGGAUUAUGCCUACCAAUCCUACUCUAAGGCCGAAGGCUGGACGACCGUUCAAAAAAUCAACGAGACCGUCUACUCCGAAGGCUGUUCCUAUGUCACGCCUGAGUUGAGGCUCCGCAGACACAAAACCAAGUAUUGCUUUUGCCCAGGAGAUUUGUGCAACAAAGGCCACCACCACUACGACACUAACAUCACCACCAACAACACUAGUAGCAGUCUGAGCGUGGAACAUCGCUGGAAGGCCAUCUCUCUUCCGCUCGAAGCCCUUGGAACAGAUGGAGCCAAUGGAACUGUCAGACCAGAAAUGAAUUCUGGCAUGUCAUCUAUUUUGACGAUUGUUACAAUGGCGCUUGUUACACCACAAACCAGCCUGCUUUCUUUGUUGUCAUUUUAGAAAGAGCAAGGGCAAAUAGUAUAUGGUAUGCUUGAGGAUGUCAUUACAUGAAUGACGAUACUUGCCGUGUUCAUAAUUGGGGGUGUGUUUUCGCUUUGACUUCUUUUACGAUCAAAAGACUUAUUGAGCACAUUGCAACAAGUUUAAAGAGCAAAAAAGGACUGCGACAAAUUGUGGGGUGUCCAACUGAAACUAACCACGGCGUUCCCAAACUGCGGAUGGAUUUAUAGAUUGACCAAAAGCUAUCACGAUGGCCAUCUUUAAGUUAUCUCUUAUGCAACAACAGAGAGAAUCUAACCGGGGACCUCUCUCAUGAACGAAAUCGCGCUACCUACUACGCCACAUCUUCUAUUUAUAA